UAUAGGCUCUGUGUGUUCAUAAGUUCUCCACUAGAGGGACAGAUAAAGCAGUCUGAACAAAGUCAUAAACUUUGUCUAAAUUCUGAUCGAUUAUAUUUGAUUAUAUUUCAGCUUCAAAGUCAGAUUUAUUUAUUUAUUUAUUUACUUUCCUCGUCGUUCUGAUCAGUAAUGUUUUGUCACGUGUUAAGUCAUAAAAUAAAACAGGAGAGAAGGAAGGAUGUAGAGAAGGAAAGGAAAGGAGGAAGGAUUGAAGGAGAGUGUGGACAGAAAGACGAACAUCACAAAGAAUCUCGUGCAUCAUCAGACUCUCUGCGUAACACCAGGACGAGGACGCACAGCCCGGCCCAGUCCGGCCCGGCCCGGCCCGGCCCAGCUCAGCCCGGAUCUCCUCCCGCUCCUUCUCCGUCCUCGCGCUCCGGUUCCGGUCGUCCUUCUGAUUUCGCUCCUGCAGACGUGAAUCCGUGUCAGUCCGAGUUCAUGCCGGAUUUCGAGCACUUCAGAUUUUCCUACACGAGCAUGAAUCCGGUCCUGGGGGAGAGCGGGUUUCUGGUCCCGCAGCCGCCGCAGCAGCACCUGCACCACGUGACGGGUCAGACCGACUUCGCCAUCCCGGAGCCCGCUUACUUCCUUGGGGACCACACCGGGUUCGGGCCUGACGGGUUUCCCGGGCUGGACCUGUCACACCCGUCAGGCCUCGCUUACCUGCCGCCGCACCACCGCGCGCCACCCGCGGCCACUGCGCUGCGCAACGACCUGGGCUCGAACAUCAGCGUCCUGAAGACCCUGAACCUGCGCUUCCGCUGCUUCCUGGCCAAAGUGCACGAGCUGGAGCGCAGGAACAAAGUCCUGGAGAAGCAGCUGCAGCAGGCGGUGGAGGAGAGCGGCGCCGGGGAUGGACACCAGAGGGCGCCCACCAAAGACAUGGGCGUCCAGACCGGGUUUAUCGGGCCCACUGCCUCCAGACCGGGCUUCAUCCCACUCCACAACUUCAACAACUCCGCCUACCUGGCGGGCGGCCUCCUGUCCCCGACCCUGAACUUUGACAACAAACACCUUCACCCUCUCACUCUGUCCACGGACUCAAACUUCAACCUGUCCCUCAGCCCGACUCUGAGUCCCUGUGACCCGACCAGAACCUUCAACAUCAACGACGCAGGGACGAACCCCGGCAGCAGCUCCGGUCCACCGUCCCGGUUCUGGUCCUUCAACCAGUCCCGCAGGUUCAGCACCGGCAGGGAGUCCAGACCCGGAGUCUCCUGGUCUCAGCCGGACGGGGUCGGGGUCCAGAUCGACACCAUCACACCGGAGAUCAGGGCCUUAUACAACGUUCUGUCCAAAGUGAAGAGGGAGCGAGACGAGUACAAGAGGAGGUGGGAGGAGGAGUACGAGGCCAGAGUGGAUCUGCAGGAGAAAGUGUCAGAACUGGAGGAGGAGCUGCAGGACAGUGAAGUGUGUCAGGAUGAGUUGUCUCUGCAUGUGAAGCAGCUGAAAGCCGAGCUCGUCCUCUUCAAAGGCCUCGUCAGUAACAACGUCUCUGACCUGGAGACAAAGAUCCAGGAGAAGGCGAUGAAGGUGGACAUGGACAUCUGCCGCCGCAUCGACAUCACGGCGAGACUCUGCGACGUCGCCCAGCAACGGAACUGCGAGGACAUGAUCCACAUGUUCCCGGUGGCCACGCCCCCUUCCACCCUGAACCGCCGUGUCAGGAAACAGAGUGGACCGUCGGCGAAGGGCGGGGACGGGGACAGAGAAGAGCUGUCGGAGAGUGAGGGGGGCGGAGCCAAAGAGGAGGAGUCGUGCAGCUCUUCAGCCAAUCAGAUCAACGAGCAGAUGCAGAAGAUGCUGAAUCAGCUCAGAGAGUGUGAGUUUGAGGACGACUGUGACAGUUUGGCCUGGGAGGAAACUGAAGAGACUCUUCUGCUGUGGGAGGAUUUUUCUGGAUACACAGUGGGUGUGGAAACACAGGGAGAGCUGCAGCAGGACGAGUCCAUAGAGAAAGUGAUCAAAGACACUGAGUGUUUAUUUAAAUCCAGAGAGAAAGAAUAUCAGGAAACCAUCGACCAGAUCGAGCUUGAAUUGGCGACGGCCAAGAGCGACAUGAACCGUCACCUGCACGAGUACAUGGAGAUGUGUUCAAUGAAGAGAGGACUGGACGUCCAGAUGGAGACAUGCAGGAGACUCAUUACACAGAGUGGAGACAGGAAGUCCACGUCACUCAUGACGGUGGACGACACAGACGGUGACGACAGGAAGAACCCGGCUCUGCCCGGCGACGCCGAGAGCAGCGGCUCGUACUGCGACGCCAACGCUGCCGUCCCUCCACUGACCUGGAGGAAACCCUGACACACACACACACACACAGCUGAUGCUCUGACAUCACUCUGAAGCUCCUCCCCUCGCACCGCUCGUCGUGUGAAACUACAAAGAGUCCUCGACUUCGUAGAAUCAGCUAAAGGUCAAAUGUGUUUCUCUAAAAACUGCAGGACUGAAAAACUUUGACGUCACCGACAAAUAUCAUUAUGCGUACGAGUCUAAGAAUGAGACAAUAUGUGAUUUUAUCACGUCACACGAUAAUGAAUCACUCAGUUAUUUAAUUUAUACGCUGAAUUUUAAUAUUAUCAUGAUAUUUGUUAAUGGGGGAAAAAAACGAUAAUAUUUCAUGUGUCUCGCUCACCGACAUACAGAGAUAGUCAUAUAUUUUCAAGUGCCACAAGGGGGCGCCUGUGUCGCCCUGGUCAUUCCAUGUCCCUGCGAUUUAUAGCAAACUCAUGUACUCUUAUUUUUCACUUUUUUACAGUGAACAUUUUUGUUAUAUUAUUAUUAUUUUAGGUUGAAAAGUUUUAAAGUUCGUACAGAUACGAAAAAGACUGACGAAAAGACUUCGUACUUAAAAACGCGACGUGAUUUCACUGUGUUUUAGAAUAUUCUAAGAGGUUUAAACAUAUAUUUUUAUCAUGAAUUCAAUAACAUCUUGAAUUGAAAUCAUUUUGGUCCAGAUAAAUAAUGUCUGCAAAUGUUUCAGCAGUAAUUUCUUUAAAAGUUUGAGCUCAGAGAGCGAAAUAAAUAAAAAUGCACAAAGGUUUGCACACGAGAAAAUGUUCCGUUUUAUUCUCUGAACUGUUUAUUUCAUAUUUACUUACAAGCACUUUAUUGCUAUUGUAUAUGUGAGGUUUGAGCAAAAUAUUAUAAAACUGAAUAUAAUAUAUAAAUAUACAGUAUAUAUAUAAAAAGUGCUUUAAUGUGUAUUUAUUUUUGUAUUAUUUUAAAAGUACACUGUCAAACUAUUUAGAUGAGAUGAACUGAAAUUAGAUCUUAAAAGUCAAUUUGUUAGUGAAAAUUUGUCAUUUUAAAAAUAAUUUCUUCAGCAGAAUAAAAAAAGAGACUUUUCUGCUGAUUCUGCAACUUUGUUUAAACGAUAAAACAAAGAUUUAAAAUUUUUCCACUGAAAUUGCCCUCAGUGUGGAAAUGAUUCAAAUUUUAUUACAUUUAAAAACAUUAUUUUAAAAAUGAUUUAUGUUGGACUGAUUUUUCUUACAUUAAAUUAUUAAACCCGUGUUAUUAGAUUUACUUUAUUUUAAUUAUAGAUAGAUUUUUUUUUGUUUAUUAACUUGAAGAGAAUAUAAACAACAAUCUGUGUCACGUCCUGUAAAUAACUAUAUUAAUAUUUAUAUUUUAUAUUUAUGGAACUCACAAGAUUUUUGAUUUUUAAAGCUUUUGAAAUUGUAAGAAAGAAAUGAUGUAUUUGAUUUUUCCCUCCUUUGAAAUUAACUCAAAUUUUCUUUAUCAUUUUUUUAUUAAGUUUUCAUUUGAAAUACAUUUGAAAUAGAAAUAAUAUUUACUGUACAUACAGCAUUGUCAACUUCACAUCCCAUAAUCAAAGCUAAAACAAAACAAACGAUGCUGAACUUAAAUUCAGUGAAAUUGCAAAAAAACAUUUGGGGGUGUGUUUUUAGGAGUUUUUCUUUUUUUUUGCUCCUCGUCACGUCCAACAGAAGCUGGUUGUAACUUGGUGGAGGAUGAUGUCGCCGCCCACAAACUCAUUUUUAAAAAUGACAUCAGACCUGAAAUGACAAAUGUCAUAAAAACAGCCUUUUUUUAAAUCAUUUAAAAUCAUUUUAGUUGAAUGCUGAAUGAUACGCUCCCGUAACAUUGUUUCUUUAGCAGACAAAAAUUCCAAAAUUUCAGUCUUAAAAAGGCUUUUAAAAUUCAUAAUCUGGUGAGACAGAUUUACGUCUACAUUUUGUUUAAUUUUAGUCUUUUUUUUAAAAAACAAACAGUAAAACCCACUUAGAUUUUAAAUGAUAGACUGAAAGGGAAUUUGUCCUAUUUUUUUUUUUUUAAAUCUGCUCAUCAACAAAAACCUUCCUGAGAGAAUGUCUUAUCAAUUCAUCAAAUAAAGAACGAUAAUCAUCCUGAAAAUCCAACAUUUCUAACUGUUCAAAUUUAAGAAUUUAUUUUUUUCCCUUAACAAAAGUCAAAACCUAUUUUAAGAAAUAUUUUCCUCAAGAUUGUACAGUUUGUAAAAAGAAAUAUACUAUAUCCUGUAAGUAAUAAUAAUAAUAAUGAUAAGGCUGAACUAAUGAUGCUGUGAGCUUCAUGUUGUUGUGAUUAAGAUUUAGCAAAGACUGGUUUAAGUUUAAAUUUAAGACUUUAUUGUAACACUGUUCGUGUGAUUAUGAUUAAAAUCAUUUUUGCUUUAGUGACGCUUUUAAAGUAGAUCAAAAGUGAAGAGCUGAACGUUUAAAAUGCUUCAAAUUCAUGAUUUUAACAGAUUUCACUCUUGUAAUUAAAUCAAUGUCUACUCGGUCAAUAAUAGUAAAACAGAAUUAAACAUGUUCAACAAUUAUUUUCUAAUUGUAUCAAAAAAAGUGAUAAAAAGCCUGUUUCCAUUUUAUUUUUCUUUGUAUUUUGCAUUAUUUUUAAGGACUAAAAGUCAUUGUUGUUCUUUGUCAGAGACGUUAAAGCGUCGCUCGCCUCGUGAAACUGUGCAGAUGCUGCUUUAGCUGAACUGUUCAGAUCUUCAGAUCUAUAUCAUUAUUAUCUUCUGUAAAUAUCAUCAGUGAACAAAACAGAAUGUGUGAACGGUGAAAAGAGAAAGGACUGAAAUGACAUGAACACAAUGUGAUGAAUCAGAAAGCUUUGUAUAAGCAUGAAUAACAUUUGUUUUGCUGGUUAUUGUGGGAUUUAAUGAGCCUGAAUUCAUCACUAUUCAUCAUUUACUGAAGCCAAAGGAAAUGACAAUAAAUGACACUUGAAAGAG